AUGGCGCCGCCGGUCACGACAAGGAAGCCUGCCGUCUCAGACUCGCGCGGCGCCGGCAAGAAGUGGAAGGCCCCAGAUGUCGUCGUUCUCCGGGACAUUGAUCUUGAGAGGGUGGUCUUGACGGGCGAAACGGAUGGCAAGAUUCUGUUCGGCAGUGAUUGCGCGGGCAUCGACAUUGCUAAGCUCGCCUUGGAGUUGCUCGGCAUUGGCAACUCCAUUGUGCACGUGUUCGCAUCGGAAAUUGACUUCGCCACGCGCAAGGUUAUCAUUGCCAGCCACCCCGACUUGUGCGUGCUCUAUGGAGACAUAACCACCCGCGAUAACGCGGCGGUCCCGCGGGUGGACUUGUACAUCAUCGGAUUCCCUUGCCAGCCAUUCUCUGUGCAGGGCAUCCACGCGGGGAUUGCAGAUCCUCAAGGCCGAGGCAUCGUGGUGUUUUUCGCCCUAAACUACAUCCAGACCAAGCUACCGACGGUGUUCAUCUUGGAGAACGUUGAGGCCCUGACUCACCAGAGGUUCCAGGAGGAGCUGAAUGCCAUCUUGAACUUUCUCGUCAGCCUCAAAGGCCCCGACGGUACCCCCGCGUACACUGUGAGCAUGUCCGUCCUCGACACGUUGAAAGUCGGUGGCUUGCCGCAAUCACGGCGCCGAUUGUACAUCACAGGAGCGCUGUCCAAGAAGUCCAAUGUGCACACGAGUUGGCCGAGCGAGAUCCCAUGCACGCCAAUCGAACAGAUCUUGGACAAGCAUUCGGACAAGCUCGGCACCUUGCCAGUCCAUGACUACCAGAUCCACAACUUCACCCGCCUGGUGGACAAACUGUCUCAACAUCAAGACAUAUUCGCCAAGACCAACAUGCUCAUCGCCGAGCUUGACUGCGGCAAGACCAGGUCGCCGCAAUACGGCUGGGGGUACGCUCCGUGUUUGACGCGCAACCGGUCUGGCGGUGGGGGCUUCUGGAUCUUUGCCAAGCACCGAUUCAUGACGCUGAACGAGCUCGAGCGCCUUCAAGGGAUCCCCCCGGGCCGCAUCAACUACGAGAACGCGUGCAGUCCCCGCCAGUACGCUCAGAUGAUCGGGAAUGCAUUCUCUGUCAGCGUCGUCGGCCGCCUCACGAGAAACCUUCUUGUGCAGGCUGGUUUUUUCAAGCGGCUCGCUGACCCGUGGCGGAGAGGCAGCAGUUCUGCAUGA